AUGCCUCAACAGCCGGACCCCUCCCUGACUUCUCACAUUCCUGGACCCAAGGCACCAUCCAUGGCCUCUAGGACCUCUGGUACCACCACCAUCGACCUCUCAGACUAUGAGGACAGAGAAGGCAACAAUACCUACCGAGACAUGGAUGAGGACAGCGACUCUGAAGCCGAGGACAGCGAGGAGGAAGAGGAGGACCAGCUCGAUGCACCAUUCGGAGACCGUCAGGCCCGCUUUUUGAGUGAGUUUAAAAAAGAAUUACAAUUUAAAUCUUUGCCCACACCAGAUUCACUGCCCACUCCUGAGCCACAGCAGAGAUCCACUCCCAGGGGACAGGUUAAGACAGUGGUGCCAUCCCCGAACAGAGGCUCACAGAGUUCACAGAGUUUGCCUUGCACGGCCCAACUCACGGUAAGAGGUACAUAUGACCCCAAUCCUACCAAGAGCACUCUCACUAAAAUACUACAAGACACCCUAGAUGUUACAGGUGCAGAGCUCAUGGGCAGCAGAGUGGAAGAGGAACUUCGACAAGAAGUGAGAGAUGAGAUGCUCAGCACCAUGAGAGAUGAUAUGCAGGGGGCCGUCAGAAGCUCCACCGUCAACUGUAUGGACAACACAGGCGCCAGUGAAGCCCUGGCCCGACCCACUGCCACCAUGGAGGAACAGCAGCAUAUGAUGAACGAAAAUAGGGUGAGUGCACCUCUCGGCCACCAUCACUUCACACGCUCAAAAGCCAUGUUACCUCCAGCAUAUUCAGACGCAGCUACAGCACACCACAGCUCCUCCGCUUUCCCUCUGGUCGAAUCCAGUGGUGGACACAAAAUCUAUAAACCAUUCGCUGUUAGCAAUACACAAACCAUCAGUGAUAAGCUGCCCCCCAUCACUGAGGGAGGCAACUUAUGGCUGGACAAAUUGGACUGUCUGACUGAAGGCCAAGACCUAGCCCUCUGUGAUUUCAGGGCUAUUCUCGCGCUCUGUGUCACCCCUACCGAACUCCGGGACAUCGAAAUCUGUGCAGGCACCAUUUCCUGCAAUGAUGACAGGCAGCUAGUCAUGGUAAUUAGGGCUCUGCGCAACGAACUCCGUUCCAAAUACCCGCUCCCCAACGGCCCAAUGAUUCUCAAAUUCUCAUGGGAAAAAAGUCUGUCUCCUAGCGAGUAUCUAGCCCAGUGCAAGGAGCAAUGGUCCAAAUACACGGGGGUCCACCCCAGUAAGGGUCAGGAACAUUGGUUUAGAGAUGUCAUUAAAGGUGUUCCAGCAGACGUUAGAGAACUCUUAGAAAACAGCCCAGACCUCCCGGGCUCAACCUGCCUGGUGUGGGAACAUCAUCUCAAACACCACCUACAGAGAGCGAAAGACAGAGCCGACAAAGAAGGUGAUGAUGACAAAGACAUGCAGAGACAACUUAUGAAGCUGCAGCUUGCCCAGGCUCGGAGAAAUGCCACUGAGGGUAAGAAAGAUCGUAAUACAGAUAAAAUUAGAUUGCCGCUGCCUCUAAUGACCCACAGAUUUCACCUGACAUGUACCCAGUGCCCCAGCGGGCAGAUUGUUCUCCCUAUUCUCCUCCCACAGAUCAAUCUAAGGGUUCGUGGGGCGGAGGACGUGGAGCGAGGUCUGGUGGACCCUACAGGGGAGGAGGUUUCCAGGGCAGCAGGAGAUUUCAUAACAACGGCCCUCCCCGCCAGGGCGGUUACUGGAACCAGGCACAAACGGCACCUAUACGCAACAACGCCUGCCACUCCUGUGGCAUGA